CCGCACCAUUUGCGUAUACAUUCCGCGUGCCGUGAGGCGUGUUUAUCAGCAGGCGUAUUGUUCUUCACUAAUCGGUUGUUUUUCAGAUUUACUUAUUGUUUUUUUUUUGUGAAGGACGAAGUGCUUGUUCCUACUUUAUCUCGCAGAAACAUCCUGAAUUAAUUUAUUUCUUUAGAUUUUCAGUGCUUAAUGAAUAAUUUUUGUAGUUUCCUAGUGAACAAUUUUCAAAUGAUUGCAAUCCCUCGGUUGUCAGCGACAAUACAGUUUUUAAACGCGAUUGUCCUAAAAUGAAAUAAUAAUACAAUAGAGUUGCACAACAGCUGUUGGCUUGAAGAAGGCGCUUCGAUUAGUAAUUACUGUGUUGCAUUGUAGAGCUAGUGAGGCAGAACGAACGAAACCACAGAUUCUGCUGAAAGUGUGAACGGGAUAAAAUAAGUGUACGGAAAAAUAUCGAUCGCUUUCUGAUUUAAUGUUGGUGUAUAUUGUAACCUUUAAGAUUGAAAAAGUGCAUCAGAAAACAUCCCAAGUACAAAAUCAGUAUUGACUAAAGGAUAUAAUGCCAAUGAAGCUUGAAUCAUCUCCGGUUGCCAUGGUAACUAUUUCGAGUACUGCGCUGUCCAAAAACCUGCAGCAAUCGGAAGAUGCGGUUCGGAUUAGUGAUAGCAACCUCGGUCCCAAUGGCAUUGACUUGUCUCGUUCGCCAUCAUGUGGGGAUACAUUCGUUUCUGCUGCUACCGAAGGGCCUUUAUCUUCUUCGGAUUCAGAAUCUGAAUGCAGUGCGGACGAGGACAUUCAACACGAUACUGUGGGGGUAGCAGCGCGAUCACCGUCCCUAAACAUUAGUAAUCACAAUUCGACUACUGUGUUUGAUCACGGUUGUUCGCUACCACUGGAGAAUGGCGUGGGAAGGCUUCGUCCGAUGUCACCAGGCGAGGGACCGUCUGGAUCGACGUCAAUAUCGAUGUCUAUUGGGUCGAUGGGUGACGAAUUGGGCGAAAGGCGACUCUGUGAACCGAUCAUUGUUAUAACAGUAAUUCCAGAAAAGAAAGGAAUAUUUCUGAAACAUUCAGAAUACGAGGUAAAAGCGAGAGCCUAUGAAACGGUGGUGCGAAGACGCUACAAGGACUUUGUGGCACUGUUCAAUUACCUUAUCGAGAAAUAUCCUUACCGAAUUAUUCCAGCCCUCCCGCCGAAGCAAUUGUUACCAGAUGCCUUGAUCGAAAGCCGUCGUGGUAGUCUGCAAACUUGGCUCACCAUACUGACGAUGCAUCCCGUUCUUGGUAACUCCCCGAUUUUAGUCACAUUUCUAAGCGAUCGUACUCCCGACUACCAGUACCGCAUGAGGGUUAUGUAUGAAAAACAAAUGGACGAAUUUAGUCGUCUGCGAGAAGACGUUGAUUUACCCUUGGAAGACCUGAAACCGUUGGCAGCAACUCGGGAUAGUUUACGGAACGUGCAUCAAUCGUUAAUGCGACUGCGCAAAAUCUUCGAUGAACAGGCAUCACGUGCCGAGCAGCAGGCUCGAGAUAUGGCUGAAGUUGACUUGAUAUUACAGGGCCUUGACGUGCGGAACGUGUUCAGGGAAAAAACGUUUGAAGAAAUGUCACACAGUGCUCAGACGGUGGCAAGACAUUCUGAAACUUACGUCCAGCUUCAGCGGAAUGCCGUCCACGAACGGGUCCACGUGCUGAUAGAGGUACUCGCUGCACAUAGUGAUCUUUGUGAUCGUGUGGAGAAUGGAAUCUUGGCUGAAUAUCAGAAAGCUCUCUCAAAGUUGCAUGUUGCAGGAAAAUUGAAAAUGAGAAGUGACGAACGUGUCACUGCGUCAAACGAUGUACAACGUGACGAAGCGGAACUACCCGAACGUAGGUGCGCUUUUGCAUUGCAGUGUGUGCGCAGUGAAACCUCCCUUACCGAAAGGUAUUUGCAAUCGCUGCCUUCGAUUCUGCUGUCGUAUGCCAACGAGGAAUCCCAGUACCACAGCAAGGUAACCAACAUCGAAUACAUUCGUGCCAAUCGCUGGAAAUAUUUCAUAAAUUUCUCUUUCGCUGCAGAUGUCGAAGAUUUGGCAUCAGCUAGUAGCUAACGAAACUUCGAAAUUGUGCUAAUAUUUAGCUUUUACUAUUGAUAUUGCAUUACUAGGUUAGCGAAAGGGGUUCACAAGUAUUAAACUGUUGAUACAUAAGUUUUAAACGAACGUUACUUUUUUUUGUGGAAUCAGAUGCCAAAUCAGUCUAAUGGCGUUUUCGAUUAUUGCACUGCACUGAACUGGUGUAGCACCGACUACGCUCUCUUGAAUUUGGGUGUAAUCGAGGUAUAGUUCUCUGACCUACAUCGGUGUAGUGUCAGUGUAGAAAACGAAAAUGCUAUUAGAUAGUGAUAAAUUAUUUCAGUGAUAACACGCACAUUCGAUAUGAUCAAACCUUUUUUUUUGUACUUUUAAGCAGUUCAAGUUGAUAUUGUACCGGUAGCAUGAUAAUAUA